AUGACACCACCACAGUUGUACUCUGUUAGAAGGAUGGCUUCUACGUUGCUUGUGAUAAUGCAGUACCACUACGACCAAGGUGAAAAAACGGAUCAGGCGGCCAAAAAAAUUUGUGCUGUUUAUGGAUCCAAUACAGUAUCGAAUGCAACAGCAAAGCGGUGGUUCCAACGAUUCCGUUCUGGUAAUAUGGGCGUCGAAGAUGAGGCACGCUCUGGUAGACCAAUCGUCGAAAAUGUCGAUAAAAUCAUGGAAAUUGUCGAGUCGGAUCGGCAUAUGAGCACUUAUUCCAUUGCCCAGGAAUUGAAGAUUAGCCAGAAAACCGUUUGGAACCAUUUGCAUAAGGCUGGUCUCAAGAAAAAGCUCGAUGUAUGGGUGCCACACGAAUUGACGCAAAAGAACCUUUUGGACCUUUUGAAUUAA